AUGUUGCGUUUAAUGCCUAGAUUUCAUUACAGAAUAACAUUAGAAGAAUGCACUGCUCCAAUGGGCCCCUUCUUACGGCGUAUGGCUAAAGUUCCUGCACCAAAUCCUAUAGUCAACAGCGAAAUAAAUACUGAACCUAAUCCUGCUGAAAAUUAUUUAAAGGAACUGACGAUUCCGAGUGGUGAUGGAUUAAUGAGCGUCAGAAAGGCUGGAAUUGCGUUACUAUGUCAUCUGGACCGGCUUGGGGCGCCUUUGUUACCGCCAAUGAAGGGAUUUGUUACUUGUAUGGAAUCAGCCCAAGAAGUGGUAUCCGUUGGUGUAGGACCUCUUCAUUUGGGCGUCUUGAGAAUCCAGCAAAUCACGUGUGCUGAAAAACUUGCGUUACUCUUGACUCAUGACGGCGCUGUCUACUCUUUGCCGUAUGACACGAUGGUACCUCAGCUUGUCCCCGGUUUGGAAAAUCAAAUUAUAAGUCAAAUCUCUUGUCACCCGGCUGGUCGUCAUUAUCUGUGUUGUUCUACCUGUGGUGGGGCAUGGUCAUGGGGCGCCGGGGACGACGGGCGUCUGGGGCACGGCGAUACCGCGCCGCGGGACGCUCCGUCUCAUCUACACCACCUAGCACAUCACGAGGUCGUCAGAGUAGCUGCCGGUGCUGCUUGCAGUGCCGUGAUCACGUCUCGAGGAGCUCUUUACACUUGGGGAAGAGGUGCACAGGGCCGCCUUGGUCACGGAACUAUAGAGAACUGUCUCACGCCACAACCCGUUACCUUCAACACGCACAACAUUGAGCGAGUCAUUGAUGUCGCACUCGGCUGGGGUGAAGCUCAAACCCUAUGUUGCACAUGGGAAGGUGCAGUACAAGUGUUUGGCGAUAACGAAGGAGGCAUUCCUAGAACCCUGACGUCACUUUCAGUGUUGAGGAUUACUCGCGUUUACACCGGCGAACAUUGGCAUGCUGCAUUGACUGACACAGGUCAGGUAUAUACUUGGGGCAAAGGUAUAAGAGUAGUGGAUUUGGCUCUGGGCGCUUCGCACGGUAUAGCUCUGACGUCAGAAGGAUCUUUAUACGCAUGGGGUACUCACGAGCGUGCACAAAUAACGCGUCCCGUACCCCAACUUUUGCAUGUACUCAACCCGUCAUUCAAAGUCAAUGGUGUCGCAAAUGGACCAAAUCAGAUAUAUGUAUGGAGUGAGGAAACCCCGAGAGAUCUUCCGUCUUCGAUGCCAUUUGUUAUUGAUUUGUCUGAAAGUACUUUUAAACUUCUGGAAAGACUCUUGAGAUUGGUAGUUGAACAAAGUAGCACUGGUUCAAUUAAGGAAGUGGAAUGUAUGGCUGUGUCCUGUUUAAAUUUGUUAAGAUUACAAGUACAAGCUUGGCAAUGCUCCCGAGGUACUGAGACUGAGGAAUCAGCAAGUGAAGCUCGGUCAUGGUGCAACGGUGUUCACACGGCGCUGGUAGCUCUGGUAGAGGGUAGAGCAGGCGUUGCCGCUGCGGCUGCGGCCCGAAAAGCAUUGUCCGCAGCAUGGCCGCUGUUACUACCCACACCCCAUAUUAGAGCACAUCAUCUCAUCACACUGCUGCCCCAAGGAUCUGUGCCAGCUAGUGCAGGAGCGCGAUUCAUGACAGAGCUACUCGUUUGGUCACUACUAGGAUGCGGCGGACUUCGCGAUGCACUGAAGAAUGCUCUUCAAGCGCACUCUACCGAUGCGUACAAUCAUUUACAGCUGGAUACGGACUACGAUCAAAUUGACAUAGUAACAGGACAGCGUGGCCGGCCUCCUUCUGCUACUGGUGAUGAAACAGAUCAAGUGCCAGUUGCAGCUUGCAUUGAGGAGUAUCAACUUAACAAUACGACAUCUUCCGAUAACGGAGCAUCGGUACCUUUAAUGCAUUUGGUAAAACACCUUAUACGGAAUACAUCGUGUCAAACCCAGAUGCACAUAAACGCUAUAUUGCAAGGAGAUACGAGCAAGAUUAAUGAUCCAAAGAACCAUGACACUGUGAGCCCAAGCUGUGAUUUACUUAUAAGAUUUCAAAGGUUGUUAUUCUGCGAAGCCAUGUGGUCCCGCGGCGGCAGAAGUACUAGAGGUGGAGUUCGGGCCAUCUUUACAGAAUACACGAUGCUACUAGCUGACCACGUCCAAUCCAUAUUGAGCGUGUUUGUUCGAGCUAUUCGGAGGGGGAGCAAUUCACAGCUGGUGGCGCUCUGUGAUCUCAUUAUAGCUGAUAUUGUUGGUCGCGUUGUAAGUGAAUUGGGAGCUUGGCUGUGCUCUUGUGCGGCUCGUUCACCGUUUGCUUUAGCGGAUUGCACGAGUUCUUUAGUCAAGAUAGCCCGUGCCUGCGACGAUGCAGCUAAAUGCUUGCCUUCUUCCGGCAAGGUAGACGCAGACCUCCUAGGCUGGCCGGGUCUCGUUGCCAAGAAACAUCAGCUUAAUAAGAGUAUAAUUCGCAAAUGUGAUCUUCAAAACCAUACAAAGGAAGGCGGUUCGUGGAUAGUAGUAGCCGGUUACGUGUUUGAUGUGGACAAGUUUGAUUGUGAGAACGCAAGUACGACGGAACUCGUGCGCAAGUUCAGGGGCAGUGACGCGACGGCCGCACUCAGUGUAGAGCCGCAUGCGGCCUAUCUCUCCAGGAUCACUGACAAGUGUGUUGGAAUGUUCGCCGAUCAGAUCUACAGUUAUAAGUGUAAAGAAAGCACAUCGAGUGCCCGCGCGCUCAUCAUAUUAUCAACAUGCGCGUUCAACGUGUCACUGGGCCUCGCACAGUGCGGGGUGCGCCUGGCGCGCUCCCUGCCCGUACAACAAGUCGAAAAGGACGCGCCCUAUGCCACCUCACUUUUUCUCCGGGGAGGACUGCAAGUAUCUCACCUGUCAAACCCCUUUGAAGAAGAGAAAGCAGAAGCCCGAAGCGGCUCGUCCACAGGUGGCAGCAGUCCCGCGGGGGAAGUGCCCCUCCAGCCACGGGCGUGUCGCCCCCCGCGCCCACCGCCCCGCGGACAUGGCGCUACAACUGCUGCUAAAGCAGAUGCCCUCCUACACGCUCUUGCUGAACCUAAACUAAAUGAUCCACUAGCAUUACACUUAUGGUGGGCGUGUGAAAGACGAGAAGGUUGCGCACCGCACUUUCCCCCGGAACAUCCCUUAGAAGAGUUAAGACGUGCUUUGUUGGCAUCUUUAUUGUACCACGCUGGCUUGAAGGAACACGCUCUGGCUACCGCUACAGCUGAAAUGGAGAAGGGUGAAGUAAAAUUGUCUCCAGCGAUGUCAGAAAUCGUGAAGACGGUACAACAAAGUAAAUGGACUUUGAUGAGAACGAAGCAACAACUUUCAAGAGGGUAUAAAGAGGUAUGCGCUGCCCCUUUAGAAAGGGCACGGUUUCUUCUUCAUGAAGUGCGCGCUGCGAUAUCUCCAGCAAUCGCUGCGUUACAUGCUCGGCCACCUACCCGUCGUUCACCUACAGCUAAGAAAAUGUUUCAGAAAGUCAUGAAAGCCGCCAAAACACCCGGUUUCAAUAAAUGUUUCGAAACCACGAAGGACCUCAGAAAUAGACAGAACAGUCUGAGCAAAAGCAUGCUCAAAGCGACCGGCACACUCUUGCAAGGCGACGCCCUUCUCAUUAAAUCAUCAAUCGCACACGCUUCCAAUAAAACACCCGAAGAUGCGCCGAGCAUUGUUAUCGAAACUUCUAGAACACACCACGAGUCUAAUAUUUCUGCCAAAGAAUUGUCUAACAAGUCCAAAGUUACCAUAAAAUGUAAAGAUAAAGUCUUAGAAAAAGACUUAAAAAACGCUUCCAAUUAUGACGAUAUGAAGAAUGAAGGUCGCGGAGAUAGAAUGAAUGAUAGAGAUGAUAUCUUAGACAAGGAAAACGACGAUAAGACUCCAACGAAUGAGUUGUCGAUAAGUUCGAUUAACGAUUUGACCGAAAACUCGAUACUAAAAGAAUCCAUAGAGAGUGAGAAGCAGGUGUUAUUGCUGGCCGACGAGAUAAAGACUGAUUUGAUUAUGGCUGACGAGGAGAAAGAUGAUGAUAAUUCGGAAAGAAAUAAGUUUGUUAACGCUUGGGUUUCUAAACUCGCCUGUGAAGAAAAAGACUUGUACUGGUUGCUAGAAGAAGUAAGUCCUGAGCAACAAAGUAUGACAGCAGCUAUUAUCGACUUUGUUAUGAGUGAACAACCCUGUGAUAUUGAUAUACUAAGGAGAGUGUUGUAUUGUCAGGUGCAAAGGGGAGAAAUGAGAAGAAAUGGAUACAGUAUGAUCAACAGUAUUCUACACUCGACACAGACCAUGUCAGAAAGUAUUAAAUAUGGCACUCUGUCUGGGUUGUUGGGUGGUUGUUUUGCGGAUUCUGUACCAUACGUGGCUAUCAAACCAACGAUAAACAUGACUCCGCCAUUAAAGGGAAUAGAAUCUGUUAUACCUUAUACAAAAUAUAUGGUGCUAUUAGAACGUUCGAAGCUGAUGGAUUUUAUAUUGAUAGAGUUAAAAGCCCGCGUGUUGGAAGGUGAACAGAAUCAAUCGUUGCCGUUGAAGAUGAGUGCGAAUUACGGGGCUCAUGCUUUAUUAAAUAGGCCAUCUCGAGCCAGAUUCCUAAUAACAUUACUAUCACUCCUCGUAGAGGGAUGUCAGGGUCCUGAACUGGAACAGUUGAUUAACGGUGGCGCUUUAAGCACGUGCCUUACAUUAUUGAAGCAGAUAGGAGGCGAUACAACUCAGCUGACAUCACUCAUUACAAAUAGCUUAAAGUCUAAGUCGGAUUGUUUAGUAAUUUUUGAGGACGAGCGUCUAGGUGCUCGCGCGCGUGGUGCGUCUUUAUCCGGGCCGGAAUUAGCUUCGCUUAUGAAAAUCGGCGCAAAAGUAGUACGCGGCAAAGACUGGAAGUGGGGAGAUCAGGAUGGGGUACCUGGCGGUGAAGGUCGUGUUAUAGGCGAGCUAGGCGAAGAUGGAUGGGUACGUGUGGCCUGGGACUCUGGUGGGACUAAUUCCUAUCGAAUGGGUAAGGAGGGCAAGUACGACCUCAAGUUGGCACGCACGCCGUCACCGCCGCCUUCAGUCGACGAAACUGUACAAUGCCCGGUGGUAGAACCAAACGUGGAAUGGUGGCCGGUCAACGAAGUUCGUUGGGCAUGUACGGGCGCUAUCCGCGUGCUAUGUGCGGGUGCGGGCGCGUGCAUGGCCCAAGCGGGUGCUGGUGCAGUGGGAAGCGUUGCACUCCGCAACGUCGCCGCGCUUCAGCGUCGUCUACUCACACUGGCACACGCGCACGCGGCUCCACCGCCGACUGCCUUCGCUGCGCAUUAUCACACUGCUCUGGCACUUGCGAGAGCUACUGCUCAGAGUCCAGAAAUGCGAGUAUCUUUGUGCACUGACUCUUGGUUCGAACUAUGCUACAGUAUUAUAUCAACUGCCGAUAAACCUAUCACACAAGAUCUCAUAUAUUUACAAAUACAAUCUUUAUGGUUACUUCGCCGAGUGCUUGUCGAACACAUUGGUGCGGCGGAAUGGCGCCGCACUGUUGGCGCGCAAUUACUAGCGUUGAUCGGGCGGCUAUGGCUCGAGACGCACUCCUGGGACCCUGCCUUUAAACACAACCAUCACGCUAUCGCCGUCAACACUGAUGAGGAAGAAGUCGACAACCGCUGGCGCGCGCCGGCCACGGCGAGCUACACGGGCGCGACGUGCGCCGCGCUCGUGUGGCUGGUGCGCACCCUGCACGCCGCGCCGCAAUGGCACACGCCGUUGAGUGCGCUCCUACUCGACAAGCUACAGCUCGCCGCGCAGAUGGUGACGAGCGACUGGCAUUGGUGGCCUCAUACUAGUCAACAAGACAUGACCCAGACCAUGAAACCUGCUCCUCCAAGCUUGGAGAGUUGUCUUAUAGCUGGCGCUCUCGGCGUAGUCGGUGGUGUUGAAUGGCGUAUAAGACUGGGACAACGGGUGACUGCUGGAUCUCCACCACGAAACGCAAUUGUAACCCAGCUGUCGCCAAGAGCAAAAAUAACCCUUAUACACGACGACAAUACCACUACAAAGUGUGAAUUAGGCAGCGUACAGAGUGCUGAAAGUGAGCGGUUGGCCCAGCCGCUCGCUGGUGGUGAGAGCGCCCUGCGGGUCUGCGCCGCACUGUUGGGCGCAGGGCCGCAGGCCUCCCCGAUGCACCCUCACUACUUACCUGCUGAAAUAGACGUGUAUGGGCUGCGAAAACAACAAAUGGAAUUAUUGACUCUUUGUGCUGUUCGUGGGUUACUGACCACUCGGACGCGGUUAAGGAAAGUUAUGAUGCAACCACCAGAUAAUGCAGGUGCUAUAGACAGGGGUACUACGGUAGGCACUGAAGGCACAUUGCUUCGACGUCUUCUAGCUCUGGCCACCCGCCCCAGUCCGCUCGCCGCGUCGCACACGCCGCGGGAACUCGAGGCAGCCGCGCUCACUAUAGUUCAACAGCUGGCUGCGCACAUUAAUGGCAAUGAGAGAGAUCAUGAAUCACCUCCAGAAAUGCCAAUCAUAGACAAAAGCAAUGUCAUGCAGCUAUCUGUGGGCCCAUCUACAAGCACUGCGUCUGCGUCCCUCUCGAGGAAAGAUCUUAAUACAUGGGCUAAUUCUGCACAAGUUCAACAAGUUAUUGAAAUGGGUUUCUCAAGACAUGCCGUCUAUGCUGCUAUCCAAGCCCUAGGUGGCACCAGUCUACCGUCAGUUGAGUCACUAGUUGCAUAUUUACUAGAACUACCUCAACAUGGUAUGGACGAUUCUGUAUUUGAAAUGAGGCCACUUAGUUCGAAAGUAGAAAAGAAACAAACACCGUAUAGAUGGCGCAGCUGCUUUGCGUCUGAAGAGGAAUAUGGGCAAUACUUAUCUGACGUCAUAACUCCAGGGAUGACUGUACGCUGUUGUAAGGCAAUUGAAUCUGUUGCAUUAGGCGACGUUGGACAAGUACAAAAAGUUGAACGUGAUAUAAAACAAAAUGUAUUUCUGCAUGUGGAAUGGAGGGGGUUAGGACGAGUGUUUGGAGUUCGAGCAAUGCACGCAGAAGUUGUAUCAGGCACGCCUCCGUUCGCGGUAGGCGACCGUGUGAGAGUGCGCGCAGCUGUAACACAACCACGAUACAAAUGGGGAUGCAUCGACCACACCAGUGUUGGCACUGUUACAUCAAUAUCUAGUAACGGUCGUGAUCUGACAGUGGAUUUCCCUCAACAACCGGGCUGGACAGGACAAGUCAGUGAAAUGGAACUCGUAACUGAUCAAUCUGAAUGGGGUGAAAGUGCGGGUGGGACAGCGGUUGGGUGGCGCGGGGCGGUGCGAGCCGUCCGUGUAUCAUCUUGUCGACCCGGUGCCGGUGCUAGGCGUCUGCUCGAUUCGCAACCGCACACUUACUGGCAGAGUUCUAGUGGAAACGGUCAGCAUUGGAUCCGCGUAGAGAUGCGCAACGGAGUGCGCGUGCGGCGCCUGGGGCUGGGCGUGAGCGGCGGCGCGCACGGGCCCGCGGCGCUGUCGGUGCGCGCCGGCGGCACGUUCGACGACGCCGCGCUCGUGCCGCUCGCCGCCGUGCCGUGCGCGCCGCCCCCCGCGCCCCGCGAGCGCCCUCCCCCACACUUGCAGCAGAUACAAUUACUCGCCGAUUGCAAACAGUAUUAUCCUUGCAUAGAAAUCGGCAUUAAACAAAACCGAAAUUUGAAUGCAGAUUGUCGUGUACACGGUUUAUAUAUUACUGGGUUCAGACCGAAUCCACUUUACACAGAAAUUUUACAGAGCAUGAACUUUGUAGCUGAAGACUGGAUGGAAAAAGAUAACUUAUCAGGGGCUUUAUCUGUUGAUAAUAAUGCCCCAGCAUUGACAAUAGACUCUUCAAAGGUUUACGUUUGGGGUCUAAACGAUAAAGACCAAUUAGGUGGUGUAAAGGGAUCGAAGGUGAAGGUACCUGUGUUCUCGCCCAGUCUCAGCGCUCUACGGCCCGUCCAUAUCGCUGGUGGUUCUAAGACACUCUUUAUUGUGUCGCAUGAUGGCAAGUUAUACGCUUGCGGAGAAGGCACAAAUGGGCGGCUCGGUCUGGGACAUAGUAACAACGUGUCAAGCCCACGCGCCAACCCGUACCUCGCACACGUGCUCGUGCGACGCGUGGCCGUGCAUUCCGGCGGCAAACACGCAUUGGCUCUUACUGCUGACGGCAAGGUGUACUCCUGGGGCGAAGGCGAAGACGGCAAGUUAGGCCAAGGCAAUCGCAUCACGUUAGAAAUGCCUCGUCUGAUAGAGUCGCUAUCGGGGGAGCGCGUCGUCAGCAUAGCGUGUGGAUCUGCGCACAGUGCGUGCGUCACCGCACGGGGCCAUUUGUAUACGUGGGGCUUGGGAGAAUAUGGCAGGCUGGGGCAUGGCGAUGAUAUGACUCAGUUACUACCUAAAAUGGUGGAAGCCCUAUCCAGCUUCAGAGUAGUUCAAGUAGCAUGUGGGUCGCGUGAUGCACAAACAUUGGCUCUAACUGCUUGCGGCAAAGUAUUUUCAUGGGGAGAUGGUGAUUUUGGCAAAUUGGCUUAUUCUGACCCAGGUAGGGGAGGGUCUGAUGGUUGCGCGGUACCUAUGAACGUAGAGAGACUGAACACACUAGGGGUUAUUCAAGUGGAAUGUGGAGCACAAUUCAGUUUAGCUCUUACUAGAGAUGGCGAGGUGUGGACAUGGGGUAAAGGUGAUUACUUCCGCCUGGGUCACGGUUGUGACGCACAUGUACGUAGACCGACGCUGGUGGAGGCGUUGCGCGGGCGCCGCGUCAUACACGUGGCUGUGGGGGCGCUCCACUGUCUUGCUGUCACUAGUGAUCAUCAGGUAUGGGCAUGGGGAGAUAAUGAUCACGGACAACAGGGCAAUGGCACUACUUGCGUGAACCGCCGGCCAGCUUUAGUCGCGGGCGUGGAAGGCGUACAGCGUGCAGCGGCAGGGUCAUCGCACUCGGCAGCUUGGUCCUUACGACCGGCAGCUCUUCAAGCUGACACUCACUCACCACAUAUAGCCCCGUUACCAUUCCCUUCCCUCAAAGAUCCUUUAGGAGCCCAAAGUCUCGGUUUAUAUUCCGAAGAAUCCGUAGUCGAAGAGCCGCAGGGGCCUCGACCAUCGUUAGCUGUGGCGGCUUUAGCCUUGGAGCCCCCCGUGGCUGUGCAGCAUGCAUUGUCGCUUAUUUUGCUGGCCUUACACAUAACACAGGCCCGCACUUUACUUGUAGAAGCUUUGCGCGCUCACGAAGCGAGUUCUACAGCCGCACCAGUCGUGCCUACAGUCGACACCGAAGAUGAAGAUGCCGAGGGAGACGCUCGUACUGGAGGGGGCGAAGCGCCCGCCGAUAGAGCUACGUUACCAAGUGGUGCCAGUAGCCCUUUGAGUGGGUCGAUAUCAUCGCGACACUCCGCAGUGAUGUCAUCGAGCGCUGUUUCAGUGGCUGCCGCGACUAUGACUGUACAACAAGCUGAAGCUCCUAAAUUGGCUCUUGAUGAAUUCACAUCUCAGCUAGGUGAAUCAGAUGCAAGAGCUCUGGUGGACUUGUUAAAAUUAGCGGCAGCUGGCAGGAUACCAAAUGCCAAUAAUGCUGUUAAAAUUAUAACUGAUGUUCUGAUGGCCCUUUGCUCAAGUAAACCUGCAGUAGCAGACAUGGUUGUAGAAGUGUGCGUAUGUGAACUUGAAGAGGCCGCGGCGGGCGGAGGACGCGCUCCUCCGCAGCCUGUAACUGUCGACAGCCCACAUCCCUAUGCUGAUGAUACUGACAUAUCAGGCGUAGUAAAAAUCCCCGGUGCUUCUUCGCUUCGUGUGGUAUUCGAGCAAGGGUGUUCUACAGAGCGCCGUAAUGACCCUCUCACGAUAUCAGACAGCACGGGCCGCGUGCUCGCCACCCGCUCCGGUCGCGAACCUAGUGACUGGGCUCAGGAAAUCGUAGUGAACGGUGAUGAACUACGUUGGAGGUUUACAAGUGAUGGCUCAGUCAACGGCUGGGGUUGGAGAUUUACCGCUCAUCCAAUACUGCCUUCUCACUCUCUCACCGAAAUUGGGUCAGACAGAUACGUUCUAUCGUGCCCGUCAGUAGAGCUUGCGUGGCGGUUACUAGAUGGUCCAUUGCUUGCCGCUAUAUCGACCGACCAUCAGCUAGCACCACGGCUAGCUCAAGCCUUGGCUAUAUGUGCCCAGAUGCCUACACUCUCCUGGCGGGCUCGAGUUUGGUGCGUCCGCCGACUGCGCGGUGUAGUUUGCGGUAGGAGUGGGUGUGGGGGCGUGGGAUCCAACGACCCCAGCACUGGCACCCCACCAGCACUGCAGCAUCUACCACAGCUGCUUCACGCGCAGUACGAACAUGAAGAACCCGCACUGCGUACGCCCACACACCUAAUGCACACGCAUUAUCUUAAGGAACUAGCUUGGCUGGCUUGUGGUCUUCGAAUGGACUCUCGCGUAUGCAAUGGCCCUGAAGCAGCGCGUUGGGCGUGGUUCAAGCGCUACUGUCUCUGUAUGCGGACGGCCGAUGCGCUCAUACGUCGGAUAGCUUUGCCUAUGCCAUUCUUAUCCGACGUGAGGAAACGACUGGCGGAUUUGGGCGUGUGCAACGGUGAUGAAGCGACCAGUAAAGCGCAUUACCCUUGGGAAGAUAAUACUAAGUUUACAAGGCAGCACGAUGAGCAGUUAUUACAUUGGGUUAAUAAGCGGCCCGAGGACUGGUGCGGUUGGUGGAGUGGAGGAUCUCGCGGUUGCGCGGUAUACGGCUGGGGCCACAAUCACCGCGGUCAGUUGGGCGGAGUGGAAGGCGCUAAGGUUCGGACGCCAACGCCCUGCCACGCUCUCGCCGCUCUCAACCCUGUGCAACUAGUGGGGGGAGAACAAACGCUAUUUGCAGUCACACCUGACGGCAAGGUGUAUGCGACAGGAUAUGGAGCAGGUGGCCGUUUGGGUAUUGGCGGUAUUGAUUCUGUGUCACAGCCAACUCUUCUGGCGUCCAUACAACAUGUUUUUAUAACAAAGGUCGCUUGUAAUUCAGGAGGCAAACACUGUUUAGCGCUUUCGGUGGAUGGCGAUGUUUACAGUUGGGGAGAGGGUGAAGACGGAAAAUUAGGACAUGGCAAUAGAGUGAGCUAUGAUAGACCGAAAUUGAUAACUGCACUAUCGGGACUGGAGAUAGUGGCAAUAGCAUGUGGUGGUGCUCAUUCAGCAUGCUUAACCGCUCGUGGCCGUAUAUAUACAUGGGGCAAAGGCCGAUACGGGCGGCUAGGACACGGUGAUUCUGAAGAUCAGCUGGUGCCAAAACUGGUUGACGCUUUGUCAUCAUAUCGAGUGAUAGAUGUCGCUUGUGGGUCCGGAGAUGCGCAAACUUUGUGCAUCACUGAUGACGACAAUGUGUGGUCCUGGGGAGACGGAGACUACGGGAAACUGGGUCGAGGUGGCUCAGAGGGCUGCAAGUUGCCAAUGAGGAUAGACUGUUUAAAGGGAUUACGAGUCAUAAAGGUUGAAUGUGGCUCGCAAUUCUCUGUCGCGUUAUGUCAAUGCGGCAGCGUUUAUACUUGGGGUAAAGGUGACUACCAUAGACUCGGCCAUGGCAGUUACGAACACGUUAGGCGUCCCAUGAGAGUUACCGGAAUGCAAGGGAAAACUAUCGUUUCUAUUGCAACAGGUAGCCUCCACUGCGUGGCGUGUACGGACAACGGUGAAGUUUACACUUGGGGUGACAACGACGAGGGACAACUUGGUGAUGGGACUACCCUCGCUGCACAGAGGCCCAGACUGCUGAUGGCGUUACAGGGUAAACGUGUGACCAAAGUGGCGUGUGGCAGCGCCCAUACAGUUGCUCUUUGUGUAGAAGCACCGCAAGCGCCGCGACCCCCGCCUCCGCCACCGCUCGAGUGUCAUUUACUAAGGGACUUGACACCACAGCUUAUUUGCAACAGAUUGGUUUUACUACAUCAGUUUUCUGAGCUAGUGUGUCCGAACUUACCGUUAUUGAUUCUGGAUGGACCACUUGAUCACUUGAGGACAUUGUUGUUCUACAGUGUAAAGGAAGCUGCAUUUAGAAAGGCAAUAAUGACGACGAUGGUCCGCGAGCGGCAGCACGGGCCGGUGGUGGAGCUGUCGCGCGUGGGGGCGCGGCGGGCGAGGCGCGGCGGCGCGGGGCUGGCGGGCCCGGCCGGCAUGCGCUCCGUGUUCGGACAGAUGGUGGCGCGCCUGCCCGCGCUCACGCAGGACGCGCUCGCCCUGCCGCACCGCGUCUGGAAGGUCAAGUUUGUGGGUGAAAGUGUAGAUGACUGCGGCGGUGGCUAUAGCGAGAGUAUAGCAGAGAUGUGUGAGGAACUGCAGAACGGGUCACUCCCGCUACUGAUGGCGACUCCCAACGGCCGCGGAGACGCAGGGGCCUCGCGAGACGCGUUCUUGCUCAACCCUACUGCCAACACGCCGCUUCACCUAAACUGCUUCAGAUUUCUUGGUGUACUAAUGGGGAUCGCAAUUCGUACGGGAUCUCCCCUCUCACUCUCUCUUGCUGAAGGUGUCUGGCGACAGUUAGCCGGACAGCCACUGAGGCCACAAGACUUGGCAGAGGUCGACAAGGAUUUCUUGCCAGCACUGUUGUGUAUUCGGGACAUGACGACUAGUAAUAAGGAACUACAAAAUCUGGAGCUUCCAUUCUCUAUUCCGUCUGCGGCGGGACACGAGGUGCCUCUUUCAACACGACACAAACGUGUGACCCCUGAUAAUAAAGAUGAAUACGUGCAGUUGGCCUUACACUACAGACUACACGAGUUCGAUGAACAAGUGCGAGCAGUUCGUGAUGGUAUGUCGCGUGUGAUUCCCGCACCACUACUGGCGUUGUUCAGCGCAGCCGAGAUCGAAACGCUUGUGUGUGGAUCGCCCGAUAUACCUGUACAUACGCUUAGAGCUUCUGCCACUUAUAAAGGUGUCGAACCGAAUGCUCCUCUUGUCCAAUGGUUCUGGGAGGUAAUGGAGGAGCUAUCAGGCAGUGAGCGCGCUUUGUUCCUACGUUUCGUGUGGGGAAGGACUCGACUGCCCCGCGCACCGCAAGAUCCCCGCCAAAGAGAUUUUGUGCUGCAGGUGUUAGACAAGUACCAGCCGCCGGACCACUUCUUGCCAGAAAGCUAUACUUGCUUCUUCCUUCUCAAGAUGCCAAGAUAUUCGUGCAAGUCUGUUUUACGAGAAAAACUUAGGUAUGCAAUUCACUUCUGCAAGAGCAUAGAUACUGACGAAUAUGCCCGGGUAGCAUUGAGCGCAGCCGAACGCGUGUCCUCUGAGGAGUCUGACUCAGAAACUGAAGUCUCGCCCGCCCCCGCUGCAGUUCAGCCCCCACCCUCUCUCUACUCCUUGACAAGAGCACCCACUUGGCUAUAG